AUGGGUGCUGCUGUUCCCAAUGCCCCUGGGCAGUCCAGUGGGUCAGAGACUUCAGAUGACGAACGGGCUCACAGGCGACCAGCGGACUCAGGUGCCAAGUCUUCUUCCCCUGCUGUUCCGGUGCAAGAUGCGCAGCAGACAGUGCCUGCCGAGUCACCGAGCACAGAUCCAAAUGCAGCUUCCAGUGCUGCUGCUGCUGCUGCUGGAGAUGUUUUUGCACAGGCUUUCAACCGAGCCAUGAGGGGCUUGGAUCAGCACAGGGCAGACCUGUACAACACCCGUGGAGAAAAUUGCACCAUCACCCGAAGCACCGCGUUGAUCAGAGGCUUGCCGAAGUCCCGUCUUGCUGAUGCUGUUGAAGCUGUUGAUGGGCAGCUGGAUCCGACAGCUACCUCUGAUUUGACAUCGGCAUCCUUGGCAAAGCUCAUAUGGUUGCUUACACGGCAAAAGCCGUGUACCUCGGUGUGCCGCUUGAAGGUGAAAAACUAUGGCGACCUCAACGCCCGUCUGCGCCGAGUGCAUGAGCGUAUCACUUCAAACAACCCCCGGAUGGUACAAGUCUUGGAAUCAAUUCGGCAGGAACCAGUCUUGCAGAAUGAUUUUGUGGAAGCUUUAGCUGAACAAGAAGGAUUUGAUCCUCUCUGGAUGACUCAAGAUGCUCCGGAUGCGAAGGUCAAGGCUGCAGCCAAAGCCAAGACUGGUCAACAGAGCUUGCCCAAGAUGAUGGCUGCAGCUGCUGCCUCCAAUCAGGCAGCUGUGCCACCCAACCAACCAGCUGUGCCAGUACCAGUGCCUGCGCAGACAGUGGCCAGUGCUGUGAAUGCCAUGGGGCCUCCUCUCGUUCCCAAGGCCAAGGCAACAGCUGUGGCUUUGCAACCCGCAGUCAAAGCUGGGGGCCCUGUGCAUGAGCCGGAUGUGGCGGUAGAGAUUGAGGCGGAACUGAAUGCAGGAGCUACUGCUGAAAACCUUCAGGGAUCUGCAGUUUCGGAGACUGUGGGUGAGCCAGUGGGUGAGGAAGUGGGUGAGCAAGCAUCUGAGUCGAAUGCUGCGGUUGCGGUGGCGGAAGAAGUCCAUGCAAACUCAGGUGAAAAGUGUUGCAUUUGCCAGCAGCCCCUUCGUGGCUCUGAGGGUCCUGUGAUGCCUUUGGAGGCAACUUUGUGCGGGCAUGUUCAUCACCAGCAGUGCCUGGAGAGCUGGUGGAAUUUCCAGAACUGUCGUGGAGCUUGUCCUUACAAGUGCCAGCAAAGUGUGCCCAUGGAUAUCUUGGCCAACAAUGUGUCUUCCUCAUCUUCAGCUCAUGAGGCUCGUGAGCAAUCUCCGGAUGAUGAUGACAUUGUCGAAAAUCUGGUGCAGGAAGUGGAGAUGCGCGACCCUGUCCCCGCUCCAAUGGUUUUGUGA